AUGUCUGAGCAACUUUCCCCUGUUCCACUGCGUCUGCGUUCUUACCUUGCGCCAAAUAUGUUCUACCUUUACGAAUCUAUCGCAUCACGUUUCGCCCAUAUUCUUCAGACGGACACUAACUUUGAUCAGAGCCCAUGUGAUGCUCUAGAUGACCCUGAUCUACGAAAUGGACAGAUUGAUAUCGCUUUUAUCUGUGAACUACCUUUAGUGCGCUUACAGAACGAUGGCGUACAUCUGUCGGCAUUCAGCGCUCCUAUUCUCGAAGACUCACGAUCAAAUGGACGACCUGUGUAUUUUGCUGACGUGAUUGUGCAAUCGGAUCGUAGUCAAUACCAACAUCUGAAGGAUUUAGAAGGGGCAUCGUUCUGCUAUAAUGACAUCGGCUCGAACAGUGGUCAUCAUUUGCUUCGUCAUCAUCUCAUGCAAGAAGGAUACAAUGCUCCAUUUUUCAAUCGAACUAUGGCAUCAGAUUCUCACCAACAAUCUAUUCUGUUUGUGCUUGAUGGAGUGAUCGAUUGUGCAGCAAUUGACAGUGCCGUUCUGGCUGAAGCACGACGUAAGGAUUCUACUCUUGCCAUCCGACUUUGCAUUGUGGAAUCUGUUGGACCAUGUCCUAUCCCACCCAUUGCAAUGACAAAUCCUAAUUUGCAACAAUGGAUUCCCAUUUUUCAGCAAGCUCUUACCAAGCCUGAUCCAACUUUACAAAGAAUAAUGAAUCAAGCGGGAAUCCACGCUGUGGUACCUGUUUCGAAUAUGGACUAUAUGCCGACUCUUGAUUUAUUCCUAAGAGCUGAGCGCGCCAAUUACCGAAUAAUUGACGUUUAA